CACCGAGGACGUGACAAACUUGAAAAGAGGGAUUUCAUGGAGGAACUCCUGAACUUCCUCCAUGAAUCGAGUGUUGCGACGGCAGCGCCACUGAAGUGAUUUCUCCACGCAGCUACGAAACAACGGCGAACAGUUUGCUUGUGCGUUGUUGAACCCCUGUGUGCGGAACAGGCUACGGUCUGCGCGAACCGAUGGGCCGUCGGCGACUCGUAAUCGCUCUCGAACGCGCAGCUCGGCAAAAUUGAUCCUCAUGCUUCCGUGUCGGACAAGACGAGUGUGUUGGGGCGCCCGGAAACGAAACCCUGGUCGUGCGUGAGUGCGUGAUUCCCGGGACGGGAACGGCGAGGCCGUGUUCGAACUGUCGGGUUGGUGGAAGGUCCCCCCCUUCGCUAAGCGACCAACGCGACGACGCCACUAGACUCGCCUUCGACGUGCUGCCCCAAGAGGCGACGAUGCGAGGACGCCUUCGUGCCGUGACGACGGCCCCCCGGUAGCGUGACACCUUCGAGUUGGCGGCUGCAACGGCGGCAGCGACGGCGGCAGUAUGGAGUCGUGGAGGUUGCAUGUCAUCCUCCUGCAGAUCAUGCUUCUCCUCGUCCUGCUGGCGUUGCCUGCAGUGGCCGAUUGCGACUGGUCUGGCCUAAGGGAAGACACGCAUCACUAUGAAGGCAACUACACUUCGAGGGCCUACAAGGACACAUUCAAGGAUGGGGACACCGCUCCUUACAAGUGUCAAGAUGGCUAUGCCGUCUCCGGCCUUUAUUCAGGGCCCCACGUACUCAACGCCACCUGCCGCGGCGAUAAAUGGGUGUAUGAUCCAAGGAAUCUGGUGUGCAAGGCCAUAAGUUGCGGUCACCCCUGCCCGGGUGGUUCCUGUCGAAAUGGCGAUGUCUCCCCACCCGUGUUUAACUUCCCCGGUGUGGUGAAGUUCACCUGCAAGCAGGGCUACCACUUGGUGACACACGACGACCAAUACUGGGAUCCAAAAAACACUGUCUACUGCAAGUCUGAUGGCAAAUGGAGCCGUCCGGCACCCAAGUGUGUAGAGGUGAGGUGCCCACAGCCCCCUCCCAUUGGCAAUGGCCAGGUCAGCCCGCAGCAGCCAAUCUUCCGAGAAAACGACGUUGUCCAGUACACCUGCAAUCAGCCCUACACGCUGGUGGGGGACGCUACACGCCGAUGCCAGAACAAUGUCACGUGGUCUGGCGAUGAGCCGACUUGUGAGAGUCGUGGAAAACAUGUGGAAUAUUGGACUCCAAAUGUGAUUGUUGAGCGUUGCCCGCCACCAGUACUGCCAUACGGAGAAAUUAAAACCAACGGUGAUUACGGGGUUGGGGCCCAUAUCAUCUACGUCUGCGACGACGGCAAGCGAGGGGCUGCCGGGUGUGGCGAGGACCUCAAGUGGCAUCCAGACCCGCCACUGUGCACGGACACAAAGCAAAAAUCAACGCCAGCGCCAGCGCCUCCACCCCGUUCUCCACCAACUACUCCAACUACAACUGCUAGUACUCCUUCACCACCAACACAAUGUAGCCCACUGUCAAGCCCAACCAGCGGCAAGCUGUUCAGCAGCGACGGCUUCAGAAUCAACGCGUCCGUCUUCUUUACCUGCGACGAAGGCUACACCUUGCAGGGGCCUGCAACGCUCAUAUGCAGGCCAACAGGCAUAUGGGAUCCGCUGACGACGCCAACAUGCACUGCACCUCCGCCAUGGAUCAUCAUCCUCAGCGUCUGUCUGGCAGUUCUCGCCUCUCUCGUGCUGUGCUGCCUGGGAUUUUUCUACAUCAUGCGGCGAAGACGGCGGCGUACACCCCCGCCUCGCAGCUACAGGCGGCAGAUACGAAAGCCGGGACCGUACGAUGCAAUAUCCAACGAUGAGGUGGCGAGGCUGGGAAAACCAUUUCCUGUGACGAGCUUAUGAGCUGUGCACAAUGUGGCGCAGGUUGAGAGACUCGCGACCUGCAGGCUGUUGCUGCCCAGUGGCCUUGUCCCCAGCAGAUCGUCAGGCCAUUAGCUUUCGACAGUGACUUGUUGGUCAGUUGGCGCAAAAACCGGAAGCCAGUGUUUCUUGCCCAGCACUUGUGAGCAGUAUGUGACUGGCUUUUGUGUAAUUAGGUGAAUGGCAGACUGGUGUGAUGCACGAGCUGCUGAACUCACAUGGAAUGUUUGGUGUCAUUGCACUGCUUUGAGCAUCCAGGUGCAUAGAUGUUGUGGUUGUGCUUCAAGUCAUUGUCAUUCAUCUGGUCACCAGUGGGACGCGCACCUGUCCUAUCUCUAUGGGGAGACUGGAGCUGUUCUUGCGGCAUUGCGAUGGAAGUGUUAUGCUGCUAAGCGUGACGCCGCCUUGCGAGAGGGCUUGGUUUAAUUACGGAGCAGAUGUUGCUGAUGGCUUACGCUUAAAAGAAGUGAGGUGACCCACUCAAACUAUAGUAAUGCCUUUCUAGUAAUGUACUUUCUGUCGCCCGAUUACCUGGUUGCAUACACAUGAAAUGGGUAUGCUGGCAUAGGAUUACCAGAGGCAACCAUGUGCAGCCAGUGGGCUUCAUUUUCUCACAUAAGUGCCAGUAUGUGAAAUUCAUGAAUGGAAUAUCUUGUAGCUGACUUGAAAAGCAGCAGCAGGGAUUGCAUGGUGCACGUCGUAAUGUGUAAUUGAAGGUUGCUGUCGGAGCUGCUGUUCUAGGCAGACUGAUAUCUACCUUCUAGCAUUUUUUUUUUUUUUACCGCUGUCUGAAGUUUGCACUGCAGAACAACGAAUCGCACUUUAAAGGGCUGAAGGAUUAGAAGGAAGUCCUCUUAUUGGGCCCCAUUGGUCCUGUUACGUUAAAUUAAGAGGUGACUUGCCUAAGACUGCCAGUAGCAUGCAAGGAGCCAAUUACCUGCAUAUUUCAUUUCAUUAUUGCUGUAGUGUACACUGUAUCAACAUCCAUCUGUGCUAUAUGUAUGGUGCAGGCUGGCAGGUAAUGUGCUUCGUACUCGGCCAUGAAAGUAAAUCAUGGCUACCAGCAUUUCUGUAAAGAACCACCAGCUGUAAGUCAGCAUGUGGAGCACAGCAGAGGUGUUUUGCAGUAUGGCCUACCUCUACACACUGUACAGGUGCAUGUUACAAGGGUCAUUGAUUUACUGCCACCUUGACUUGAAAACAAAGUGAGGCAUAUUUUUGCUGGGAGUGCUAGCAAAAAAUAUGCAAUGCCAAGUUAAGGAAGCGGCUAAUGAUAAAUUUUCUAGCUAAAGGUGUUAUGGUUAGCUUUGUCACCUUUGCUACAAUGAAAAGCUGGCAUGUGGUUUGUGAGCAGACAAGAGUACGAAUGAGAAGGGCAUUAGAUUAUCUUUUGAACAGGCACCAUGCAUUCAAACUAAACAAAAAUAAUGUAACUUUUAAUGCAACUUGAAUAGUCAGCAGAACUAGUAAGUUGCAUUACUUAUGCACAGCAUACGAGACAUUUAAUUGAGGACUGUUAAGAAGCAGUGUGUAGCUGUUGAAGUUAUACCAAAAUUGUUGCUCAUGUCUAAGUAUAGUGUACUCAUUUUAUUCUGCCUUCUAAUGCACUCAAUCUACCGAUGAUUGUUCUCGCAAUAUAUUUGUUAAUCAUCCAAAUAGGACUAUAAAGACAGAUUGGUAUAGGUUGAACUGGCAGCUGUUGGCAUCUACAAAAAACUGUCUGUACCAGCUGAAAACCAAACCAGUAGCAGCCCUAGUUGGGAUAAAUUUAGAGCUAUGACACCGCAACACUGAGAAUGUGCUGCUCUGAACUAUUUUGUAGAAAUUGUAGCAGUUCAAGAACUGGUAAGUUAAUUAUUUCUACUACAGUUCCGAGGCGGUCUGAAGCAGCAUUCCUGCUGCUCGAUGUAUUCUUAAUCAGCAACAUGUGUUGCUUUCCGUGCAUUGCCCAUACCAUUCUGGAUAAACUACAGUUAUCUUGUGAGGAGUGGGGAUAUUACAUUGCUUGUCAAAUAUGAUGCUUUUAUUUUUUUUCAUUGCCUUUCCUAUUGCACCUUUCAUAUUUUAUCUUUUGUACGACAUCCUGCUUUCGACAAGGUUUUGUCUCCCCGGUAAAGCGAUGCAUUUACUGCACCUGCCAAAACACUGAUUUUUCUGGAGAUAGUGUUUCCGCAUGCAUUAAUUCUUUUUCUAGUCUCGCAAAAGUCUGGUUCAACGUUUAUUUCAUUUCUGUCGUUUACAACUGUUUUCUCAUUCAUAGAGAAAAUAUAGUCCGGUUGCAGACUAUGCCCAAUGUCGCUGUGCUCGUAUAAAAAAACGAGUUAGGAAACGAAAAAUGCCAUUUUAUUAAUCCCUUUCAUCGCCGUUUUUCCUUCAAAUUAUUCUCCAUUAUUUUACUGAUGCUGUGUUAUUAAUGCAUUUUUGUAAAUAAGCCUGGAUGGUGUGUAGGAAACUACAGAGAGAGGGUGAUAUUGUGAAGAAAGGAAAUGCAGGGAGAUUACCUAGAAUUUAAUAGUUUGCUACCCUACAUGUGAAGAGGGAGAUGGGGGAGCUAAAAGGAGAGAUGCGAGUAUAGAUAAAUCAUGCGCACUAUACUAGGUGCAGCAUACCUACAGCCAGGCACUCAAGUCUGUCUCCUUCAGGUACCCUAGAAGAGGUCAUGUGGCUUUCCGAGCUGAAUAAAGCGGGCUCCCACGACUUCUGCUUCAAUAAAGGGUCGAUCGUCCUGUAGGGAACUACAGAAUCACUUCAGUGUCAAAGGGCUCUUUCGAAGGUCGUUUUUUAAACGAGCAAUGCUAAUGUAAAUGUUGUGGUGCAACGUAAGAAAUGCAGCACCUCAAGGCGUUCGUGCUUGUUCAAAUGCCUUCCUGAUGCUUGUACAUACCAGUGUAUUACGCUAACCAAUCUAGAUGUGCUCCGCUUACACGUUUCUUUUACGCUACAUGUUCCUGCACCAUUGGAUUCGAAAAGCUCAUGCUAGUUCUCUGUUGAGUGUCAAAAUUUGUCAGGAUGGGUCAAAUGCGUUUGACAUUACGUCCAGAAUUGGAACCAGAUGGGAAAAUUUCUAAGGGCGUUCGCACCUCUGGAAAGUCAGCCUUGGUCUCAUGACACCCAUGAAAGAUCUGUACAUGUGACCACUGUAAGCAACGAAUUAACGAUACCAAGUUUUCGAUGUGCUGGGCCAAAAUAAUGUAAUUAUUCUAUUUCAACGCCAUUCCUUUAUGGGCUUCAUUAGUGGUCAGAGCAGUGCUCUGCCCACAUUAUGAACAAGAUAUCAGUGGGCCGUGAAGGGUUGCUGAUAAGAGUUACAUAAGAUUGUGCGGAAGGAAUCGCUACAUUAUACCAUGCUGCUUCUGUUCUAUGCAUGUGCCGAAACAUUAUAUAUAUAUAUAUAUAUACCAGGUUAUCUAUUUUAAUGGAAACAGACGUGUAGUGAUAUCUACCACAGGAGAUACAAGUCUGCUCCGAAUAAAAUAAGUGACCCAGUAUCUAAUCCCAGUGUAAGACAUGGGCCAGAAUGAUGUAAUAAUGAAUGAUGUAAUAAUGAGUGAUGUAAUAAGAAUGAUGUAAUAAUAAGUGCUAUUUCAGUGCUAUUUUUUGUCCUUUGUCAGUGGUCCAAGCAGGACCUCCGCCCACAUUAUCAGUGAGAUUGGUCGCUUGUGAAUGACGGGAAAGGAAUAGAAUCAAGCAAAAGGAAUCCAUGUAUUAUGUCAACAAUGGAUUGAUUGAGGCAUAUAAUUCCUGCCAUUCUUUGUGACGGGGAAAAAAAAGAAUAUUUUUAAAAAAUGACUACUACUUUCAGUACAACCGUGAGAUCUUUAGUGAUAGCUCAUGAACUUUCUUUCCCUUCUAUUUACUUUGUGUUCAAGCAUACCAUGACAUACUGUGAAUAGGGGCUGGUUUUUUUUUUUUGCAUUUAUUUCUUGAGAAGCUGUUCUCACAGAGCACUGUGGAGCUAGGCUGAUUGCGUGAUGCUUUAGGAACACUUAGAAUCGGCACGGAGGCAGAGUGAUGAUUAGCAGUGUUUUGUUGCCUCCUCUUUCCGCUGUCCUGAGCAGUGUUCGGGAAUGUCUGGAGUGAUGUCCUGGAGUGUGGGUUGGUAAUUUUUGGAGCCCCUGUUUUAUAGUCCUACGUUUGCAAGUUUCUGCAGGUUCCUUGUUUGGCACACUGCAGUGAGUGGUAUGUGUGCAAGCUCCUAAAUCAGUCAGUUGUUCACAUGUUUUUGUCAUAAUGUGCACAAGUGUCUUCUUAGUACAGUAAUCUUUGUGUGAGAUCGUUUCCUGUGUUCGGACAAGCAGGAUCCUUAUGGCUCAUUCACACCAACUACUUGGAGAGGCCACUUGAUGGAUCGCGACUGGCGGUGAUUUGAUGUACAAACCGGCAAGUGCGACUUUCCCAUCGCCACACUGAAACCUCUUGCGAUUGAUGCCGUUCAUAUCUGCUCGCACUGACAUCGUCACGUAAAACAAGCGUCAGUGUUUGCAAAUCUCCUGUUCCUGUGCCGCUGAUUGGUUCAGCAGCAUUGCAACUGCAAUCGCAUGACUGAUCCAAAACAGUCGCUUGCGACCGAAGCAACCAUUUGUGACUACUUGUGACUGGUUUCUUGGCAACCAACUUGGUUGCGUGACCUCUUCGAAUCGUCGGUGUGAAUGCGCCUUUAGUGUUUGUGAUAUACACACACCUGUCGCAGACAUUUGCUCUUGUGUCGUGGCAUCAAUUUGCCUGCCGCAUUUUGUGCCUUGCGCUUGUGCCUUUAAGAGUGGAUGUUUACACUUUUGUAAAGUAAUUCUGUCUAGGUGCCACAGGUGGCAUGAACACAGCGUGUUGAUGAGUUCAACACGGUUCAGUAGAUAUGGCUCGUGUACAGCCUCGUCACAAGCAUUAUCAUAGCUUGUAACCACACAUUCUAGAUGUGUGAAACUUUUCUACUGCAGGUAGUUUGAAAGCACAUAACGUAAAUUCCGUUGAACUGGAAUCUUUGAUAAGCUCGACAGUGACAAGACCUUGAUUUAGCUGUAGAUUGAAUGCACAAUUGUUAUAUAUAGAUAUCCAAAGUCUCUUUGUGUUUGUAUUGAAGGAAGUUCAGUAUGAUUAUUGUGAAAACUUAUGUCAGCUAGCUGAAACGUGCUUAUUGUAGGGCAAUUUGACCAGUGUUUUGGGUACGUAUCACACUGUUGCAGAGUUUUUUUUUUUUUUUUAGAUGACUCGGAUGAAAAUUCUUUUCUCCUUUAGAAUCUCAAUUCCUGUCUCCUUCUUCUUUAGAAGGGAUGGCAGGACACACCAAUGUGUUAUAUUUUAUGUGUGUAUGUGUUCGGGAAUGUCUGGAGUGAUGUCCAUCAGGCACGUAUCUUCUGAAUUGUUAGUGCGGCUUCACUAAUGCCUGUAAGUUGGCGCACAGUGUUGUGCAGCCCUUCAGUUUAAAAAUUCCAGGAAGAUUUUUUUUCUAAUAUUUCUCCUAUUACCCUAUAAUUUGCUGCAGUUGUAAUCAUGUGUACAAUAUUUUGUGCCAUACCAAACAUUUCAAGCGGUUUUGUUGGCCUACUUUGCACAUUUCAUUGCAACCGUCCUCGACGUCCUUUUCGUUCAGCACAUGGCAUGCUCACUUGUGCGUGUUAGUACUGGCUACAUCACUUCUUGGACUGCCAUGUGUGCCUCAUAGCGAGUCACUUGUGAUUGUGAAUUGUAGGUGAUUCUUGUGGCUAUGCUUUCAUUCACCCUCCCUGCUAUGAUAUAGCCCUGUUUUCAAUUAGCCUACAUGAUUCGCAAGUGUCUGCAAGCAUCUCAUGCUGGGUUCAUAGUCUGUGGCACGUGCACUCAGAGCAUUGAGGGCAUUAUUAAUACCGGUGUCACUCAGCCACUUUGGGUCACGAUAGGGCUUCAUUGCAAUCGUAAUCCGAAGUUAUCCGCGUGGCUGGGGUUAUCAGAUUCGCUGUACACUCAAAAAGCUCGCACCGUGGCAGAGCAAUGUUUGAGUUAGUGUGUUUCGAGGCAAGUGCCGGCUUGUGAAGCUUAAUUCAUAUUCUGUUCUCGUUUGCACUGUGUGCAGGCUGCCCCCGCUGAACGUACAAAGUGUAGUAAAAAACAUCGAAAAUUA